GUCAUCAGAUUUUGCUACUUUUGAAAAGUUCACAACUUCUUCUGUCAUUUUCAAGGUAUUUUACAAUCUGGGGUUUCAAUUUCCACUUGAAACUUACUUUCUUUAUCAAUUUCCAAGAUUUAUCACAAUUCUUGAGUUGCUAAAAGUUAUUAUUUUUGGAUCUUUCAGAUUUUCAAUAGGUAUUAGGGGCACUUAGUUAAGUGGAAAAUUAGUUUUUAAAUCCCGUUAUUUGAAUUUCUCAUUUCCGCCUCUGCGUUACCGUAACUAUACUAGUUAGUUUCAGAUAUUUUGAUUAGGACUUGAGAAAAUUAGUUCAUGGCAGGAGCAUCAUUGCCUCCAGGAUUUCGAUUUCAUCCAACUGAUGAUGAAUUGGUUGGAUAUUACCUGAAAAGGAAAACUGAUGGACUUGAAAUUGAGUUGGAAGUUAUUCCAGAAAUAGACUUGUACAAAUUUGAUCCAUGGGAACUUCCAGAGAAAUCGUUCCUUCCAAAGCGCGACAUGGAGUGGUUCUUCUUCUGCUCUCGGGACAAGAAGUACCCGAAUGGCUCACGAACCAAUCGAGCCACUAAGGCCGGAUACUGGAAAGCAACCGGGAAAGAUAGGAAGGUUACCUGUCAUGAUCAGCCUGAAGUUGUUGGAUAUCGAAAGACAUUAGUCUUCUAUAGUGGACGAGCUCCCCAAGGGGAUAGAACAGAUUGGGUAAUGCACGAGUAUCGUCUAUGUGAUGAUGUUUCACAAGCCUCUCCGAAUUUCCAGGGGCCUUUCGCUCUCUGUCGUGUCAUCAAGAGAAACGAUAACUCGCUAAAAACAAGUGACGUUUUUGUAGCAAUCUCGAACGAGCUUGUUGUUCCAACUGCUGAUACGGCAACUCAAACGACGCACACGUGCAACGAUAGCAACUAUUCGAUUCCGAUUACUUCUCCUUAUAAUACAUCACAUGAUAUGAUUCUUGAUUCUUCAAAGGAAUGUUUUCGAGGCCAGAGUGCAUGUGGAGAUGUUCCGCACCAUGAGUUCCCAAACGUAGCAUCGUGGCAACCAAAUGAUCUAAUUGAGAUCACUUCAAGAUCAACUUUCCCAAACUUUAGAGGGAACGUUGAACGUUCUGGUGAUCUCAGUAGCUAUGGCUGUGUAUCUCCCUACUCGGUUCAUGGAACCUACACGGGGAUUUACGAUAAUAGUACUAUGUCAUAUGAAGGGUGUGAAGGUUGGAAUCAAGCUAAUUUGGGAGAUUUUAAUGGUUUAUGGUCGCACGAAGAUAACUUUCAGUAACUGAAUCAUCAACGCGAUUCAGUCAGGUUUAAGAAACUCUAUUGUUAUACGAGACGACAGAUUUUUUAUAUGUUCGUCUCGAAGGCUGCCAUUCAAUUACAACAACUCAAGUUUAUUAGUUUCGCGAGUGCAAUUCUAGCUAGUACAUUUGACACUGUUGUCGUUAUUGUAUGAGAUAACUAGCGAUGAUCCUAUUUAACGAUCGAUCAAACAUUCUCUUUCUGAUCAAUUUUAAUGUAUGGAAUACCAAGCAUCAAAUGUAGCAAAAUAUUCAGCAGUGAACUAUAUGAUCCAAUGGUUUUGACUACAUUAAGCAAUUUAGAAAUAUGUUGCUCAGACUCUCCAAAAUGUCGACAGGUGCAUGUCGGAUCCUCCAAAAGUAUUGCAUUUGUGGAGGAUCCAAGACGGGUGUGGCAGCAUGUCAGAGAGUUCGAGCAACAUAGGUUCAAAAUAUCAUAAUGAUUCAUUCAAUGUUGAAAUGCAUAUGUUUUAAGUAAACUUGUUGUACCUAUUGUGAAAUUUCUACUUAUUAUCAGCAACGUUUCUUAAUUAGCAAUUAUUUGUAACAGCA